GCCACCAAAACAGUGGCAAAAAUUGAUCAACUCGGUCCAGAACUGGGUUUCGUGGAUUCGCUGAAUCUCUGAGACGCCACCUCGGCUUUUCGGAUCUUUAAGAUGCGACUAUGUUGCAGCAGAUAGCACCAAUUUAUGCGUUUACAUUAAAAUAGUGCAUUUAAGUCAUUGUUCCGUUGAUUAUAGUUAACGUUACGUCCUCAGCUGUAAACUUUGGCUUUCAGACAAGCAAAAUGCAAAGUUUAGUUUCUGCAAAGGACAACUAAUGAAGCAAACACUACUUAUUAUGAACCUGAUAGUAUUUCACUCACAUUAUCAUUGAUGUUACUUAUGGCUAGCAGUUCUGGCUCCAAUGCAAAAAUGUCCAGUUCAAGUGGCAGCACACCGGGGACGACGGUGAGCCCGGGGGCCGUGGAUCAGUUGACGAGCCCGGCGUUAUUUGAGAUUUACGGAAAGAACUGGAACGUGCAGGCUCGUUUGGGUCAGGGCGUCUCGGCCUCAGUGUACCGGGUGAGCUCCGGCAGAGCGAGUUCCGCAGUGAAGGAGUUUCAGGCGGACGCGCAGGGUGGAGAUUACGGGUACCUGAAGGAAAGCUCUGUGCUGGAGAAGAUUCAGGGACAUAAAAAUAUCGUGGCGCUGUAUGGAAUGUUCACCAAUCACAACCCAUUCGGUGUGGCCACACAUUGCUUGUUGUUGGAGCUUUUGGACGUGAGUGUGUCAGAUUUGCUGGUCAGGGCGAGUAAUCAGGGUCACUCCAUGUGGUUGAUUCAGCACUGUGCCCGUGAUGUUUUGGAGGCCCUUAGCUUCCUGCACGGAGAAGGCUAUGUACAUGCUGACCUCAAGCCCCGCAACAUUCUCUGGAGCGCUGAUGAUGAGUGCUUUAAGCUAAUUGACUUUGGCCUUAGCUUCAAAGAGGGACACCAGGAUGUGAAGUACAUCCAGACAGAUGGAUACCGGGCACCUGAAGCUGAGCUGCAGAACACACUGGCCCAGGCAGGUCUGCAGAGCGACACUGGCUGCACAACUGCUGUGGACAUGUGGAGUCUGGGUAUCGUUCUUCUGGAGAUGUUCUCAGGAAUCAAACUGAAAGAAACUGUGAAGUCUCAGGAAUGGAAGGAUAACAGUUCUGCAAUAGUAGACCAUAUCUUUUCAAGCAAUGCUUUGGUUUACCCGGCUAUCCCUGUCUAUCAUUUGAGGGAUCUGAUCAAAAGUAUGCUUCACAAUGACCCGAAACUCAGAAGCACAGCUGAGGCAGCACUAAUCAACCCUUUCUUCAGCAUUCCCUUUGCACCUCAUAUUGAAGAUUUGGUUAGUCUGCCUACAUCUGUCCUGAGACUUCUAAACGUAAUAGAUGACAGUCACCUGUAUAAUGAGGAUGAGUAUGAAGAUAUAAUAGAGGACAUGAAAGAAGAAUGUCAGAAGUAUGGCACGGUGGUAUCCUUAUUGAUCCCAAAAGAGAAUCCUGGAAAGGGACAGGUGUUUGUGGAGUAUGCAAAUGCUGGAGACUCCAAAGAAGCCCAAAGACUGCUGACAGGCCGCACAUUUGAUGGCAAGUUUGUGGUCGCUACGUUUUAUCCACUGAGUGCCUAUAAGAGAGGUUACUUAUACCAAACGGUGCAGUAAGGUUGCACACACAUCUCCACACAAAAAGUGUAAAUUACCUUACAAACAUGUAAUGUGACUGCUUUUAAGAUCACGUUGUGUGUAUUAAUCUAUUGUGCUACCUUUAUGUCACUAAGAUCAAAAUUGUUGUGAAAAAAAGGCACACAUGCAAUUAUCUUGGACAAAACAAGGGGAAAAGUUUUAGUGCCUGCUUCCUACUUUUUUACUAAAAUAUCAAACCAAUUAUAUUUACCGGGUGAUAGCUGGUUGCCAGACAUUCAAUACUUCUGCUUCCAUACGUUGUCAUUUUAAUUUUUGAAUUUUUUGGCAGUGGUAUUGAUGCACUGCUUUGGUUUACACUGCCUUGUAAACAACAGAUCACUUUAGAGACUAGGUUUACAUGCUCUUUGAAUGUCUACAAUUGCAAAAUCUGCAGAUUUUGUGGCCUGCUUUCUUCCGUUGUUAGUUGGUAUGUUGGGAAUAGUAAUUAUGCACAUAUUUAUAAACUACUGGCGAAACACACUGGCCUGCAUGCACUGUGCCGUGGUUAACAUUUAUGUUCGACUUGACCAUGAAAGCUGUUUAACCGCAUUUAAAGCGAAGACGGAAAUCCAUCAGCAUCUGCCGAAAAAGCACAAACACGACAGAGUGGGUAGAUCAUUCUUAAGUGACUUUUCUUUGCUUAUUCAGGGUUGAAUGGAACGAGACUCCAUGUUUAACACAAAAGCCACAAUCUGUGUCUCUACCAAAAUGUUUGUCAAGAUCUCUCUGGAGAGCUUUAUUCGACCAUAUACUGUUGUUUUACAAUUUCCAUCUUGAAUUCCAAAGUAUAAUAUUAGUUGUGUCUAAAAGUGGACUUCUUGACUUCUUCUGAAACUGCUCAAGUCUUAAAAUGUGUGAUAUAUGGUAUAUCACACAAAUCAAACUUUCAUAGCACACAUUUGUAAAGAUUCAGGAGCAAAUGAUCUACUCUGUAUCUUCCUUAAGCUGGACUGCCCUAACACACGGAUUAGUAAUUCUGUUAUUGUAAUAAUAUUAUUGUAAAACAUACCACUGUGUUACCUUACUAUCUUAAAUACAGUAACACAAAUUGUGUAGCACACCAUUUAAUAUUAGAAAGGCUCUUGUUGACUUUUUGUUAAAUCUGAAAUGCCUUCUGCAGACAAGUCAAUUGUUUCAGCUAUUUGUGACUAUACAACAAUAGUGAGUGAUUUUCCAAGUCAUUAUUUAACAAACAUUAUUUAAAGUUUUCCAGUUGUGGUAGGUAGUGUUCCUGGUAUCAUUGUGCUUUCCAGUCAGUGUGUCUGUGAUUGCAUGACGUGGUGUUUUUAUUAGUCCUUCGGAGCUGACACAUGAGCGAUUGUUUGUAAGCACGUUCUCAUUUAUGAAUAUUGUCUGACGGGCGAUUUAUUUUUUCUCCCACCGUCCAAACUGCAAUACUAUGGAGCCCCACACGUCAUGAGGGGAUUUUUUUUAGACAUGAAUUAACAAUUCAUUCCCAGAACUUCUCACAAUUUACUAAUAUGUCAGCAUGUGCGUUAGAAUUUGUUCCUUUGUUUUACUAAAUCAUGGUUCAAUUAACGUGGCCACAAUUUAAUAAAGCGAGGGAACUAAUUCUUAAUUUGUAGCCAUAUAUAUAUACACUGUCUAUUAACUUCCACAGCCGUGGGCUCUAAUAUUAUAAGUGCAUAAGACAAUUUGAGGAAAGAACAGGCUGUGUUUCAAUAUUCAAAUAUUCAACAUUUUCCAAUUUUUUUUCUCUUCUUCUAACUUUUUUGAUGAGGUGUGGAUUAGAUGGCAUUGUGGCCAAUGGCUUUUCUUUUUAUUAAUGUUUUUUAUUCCUUCUUUUUGAUGGGAAUGUUUUAGUGUAAAUGUAGGAAAAGUGCACUUUGGUUGAACUGAUAUGCAUGAGUGUGUGUCAUUCCAGAUCUGUGCAAUUUACUGAAAUUCUGACUGACUCUGAGCAUUGAAGAAAUUGUGAGCGAUCUCGAUUUCAUACACUCUAUAUCUAUCUCCUGCUGACUCUUUCACUUUAAUGGCGAUGACAUUUGAGAGAAUAAUGGAGAUGGCAAGCAAGAGAUUUUUUAGGAUCCUGUUCAUAUGAAUCUGGAUCUCUGCCACUGGAAAAAGUGGCUCUUGUUUACAAAGAUUCAGUUACUAAGCAGCAUUUGAGCUUAACUGUGUUGAAAUGCUCAUUGGGAUACUAAUUAUAUGUGUUACAUGUUUGUAUAAACUUCCCAAAAAACAAAGAGAGCCAGUAUAUAUGAACUAAAUGAAAUAGCCAUGGCUGCUGAUUUACAAUAAGGAGACUGUUGUUUCCUUGUCUUGUUUUAUUUCUCUUUCCGUUUAAGCCAGAGAACACCUACAGUACAGUGAGCAAAUAAUUGACUUUUAAGAUUGUUUAUUUCUCAGUUACUCAGAAACAAGCAUUUAUAAUACUACAAUGCCAAAUUUAUAUUAUGAUAAAUCUAAAAAGUUGGUUAUGAAACAGAUUGGAAGUGAUUUUUUGUAUGUGAAUACUGUCUAGAUUUCAUGGAAAAUUGCUCACAUGUAUCAGACCAUGAGGAACUGACUUGUGUCAUUUUAAUAGGUGUGAAAAGGAAGAUUCCAGUUUUCUGGAUGAUAAAAGAUGCAUAUCCAAUUUAUAGAUUAGUGAAUUUGACUUAGAUGCGAGAAUAGCAAAAGUCAGUUCAAGUAUAUCUUGUAGUUAUGAGUCAUCCAAAAUUUUAAUUCAGCCUGGUGAUCAAAAUAAAAUUGAUGACACCAGGAUGAAGGCCUACUUUUUCCUCAAGCAAUAUCAUCAAAGCUGCUCAAAUAGAGCCUCGAGGCCCCUUCUAACUCUUUCAGAAAGCACAGAGAUUUCUUUCCAUAACAGACUGCAUAGAAGAGAUUGGUGUCUGUCAGGGAUCAUUUCAUGCUGCCUUAAUUUUUUUGUAUGCUAUAAUAAUGUCACAGUCAGUGAACACUAGACUGUGAGAAAAGUGCCAAAAUUGUUUCGAAGCCUUCAUUUCUCUCCCCCACCAGCAACCCUGGAGAAAAAAACUUAACUCUGCAGGGAAGCCAUAUGUUGAAAUGCAUGUAAAUGCCUUUAGAUGUGUCCAGAAACCUUCAAUUGUGUUCCAGUUGGGUGCCAGAGAUCACAUGAACAGUAAAGCACAGUGCUGGAGUUUGGCUGGCUUUUGUGUUUGUGUAGUAAGUAAUGGACCUCCCAAGAGAAAACACUGCAGGGUGUAACCACAGAUAGACAUGGGAGUGAAACGCUCUUUAGGUCUUAAUAACUCCAGAAAGGUUGGAGAACUAAAAGUCCGCUUGAAUGGUGAGAGAGAUAUUGAAAUGAAUCAGGAAUGGAGCAAAUGCUCGCAAAUGCCCUUGUCAUCUACCUAUAUAUAAUAUAUAUAUGUGAUAUACAGAUGAUUUCCUGUGUAACUCUCUUUAAAAAAAAAAAAAAAAAAAAUAUAUAUAUAUAUAUAUAUAUAUAUAUAUUGAAGCUGCUGCUUUAUUGGUUUCUAUAUUAAAGUCAUACAUAUCACAUAUAUUUCAUAGCUUGCACAUUUGACGUAAAAGAGCAAGGCAACACAACUGACAUUUAAUGAGGAAGUGUGAACUUAAAUUGUGAUGAGGCCAUAGGUUGACAUAAAUCAUGUAUAGAUAUUAAGAUAUACGGGUUAUAGUUCAGAGAGAGACUAGAUAUGUGGCUUUGCUGAAAGGUGAAAAACAAUCAAUAAAGAUGUAUUAUGGAAAUUGGGCAUAUUUUUUUGUACUGCAUUGGGCUUUGUUACAGGAUCAGAGGUUUGUUUCAUGUGGAAUCUACUGUUUGUUGUGAAGUCACUUGCAAAAAGGAGUAUAAUUGCAUAUAGUAACGUGGUCAAAAAGUUUGCAAAAAAUAGUGUUUACAGUACAUUUGUGGUACAAUAUAGAGAGAAACGUUCAGGGUUUAUAGCGCGAACGCAGUGAGGAGAAUUAUGUGAAUUCUGAUGAAACGUCUCUGAAUGUAAUGCCUAUAAUGCACAAUAUUUCUCUUUAAAAUGUGCUUUUCAAAUUGAAGCUUUGCCAAUGAUUUCUUUGUUAUUGAAAAUAUGGAUUUUCCACCGUGAAAAUUCCCUCCGAAGCAUUAAAAAAAUUGUCAUAGAUAUUCUUUGAUAAAUUAAUUAUGGAUGUAGGUCAUUUAAAGCAUAUAAUAAAAGUCUAAAGUCAUCAAAUUUAAAAAACAUGAAAAUUAUUACAAUUAAUUACAGAUAAAUAAUAAUGAUUAUUCAUCAGAGGGUGUGGUUCUGAUGGCAUGUGUUAUCAUUUCUGUGCUCCAUGUUAAGACAAUCCUUGUCCUUGUGUUUGUGUAUAACCAUCCUCAUUUCCCUUGUCUUCUUAUGCCUGAGGCAGAGAUGUGAUUGGGUGAAACUUAAUUAAAAAUAAAUCUCUGCCUUAAAGUCCACAUGAUAUGUAGCAGGGAAAACAAACCUAAACUUGAAUUUGAAACGUUACAAAAAGAUCUUGAAUCUAGCAUUGAGUGCAAGGAUGAGUGUUUUAUGUAUUAGGUAGAAUGAGUAGAAAGACGUUGUUGAUGUUUUUUGUCAAAUGUAAUUUGAGCUGAUGAUUGUCCGCCAAGGAUCACGGGAGACUGUGACUUAAAAGCUCUGGAGGGAAUGAAUAAUUUUCAUGUUUCUCACAAUAAAAUGUUAAUGUCUUA